CUGUACCUCUGUUUUCUCGAUCCUUUCCAAAAUCCUACUGGAACUUAACUCCUCCGUGUUCAACCACCGAUGGCGGAGUCCGAAGUGGAGGUGGCGCCGUCCGUUGUAGAAGAAGUAGGAGAAGGAAUUAAGGCCUCCGGAGGAGCGGAAUCGCCGCAACUCUGUGAAUCUGACGCCACGCCUGACGAGAUCGUACCUGCCGCCGCGAACCGCAAACGAAAACUUGAUGAUCUGGAGCCCUCUCACCACGCUGAUGGUGCGCCAGACAAGAAGCAGGAGUUCUCGACCGAGAUCCCCUCCCUAGCCGCCGCCGAGCCCGGAUCGGGCGACGGUGAGGUAGCUGGGAGCGCCUUGGUGGAAGAUUCUGAUGAGGUAAAAGCGGGCCAUGCAGAAAAUGGCGACCAAAAUCUAGAGGUGUCAGAGGCUGCUGAAGUGGAAACGGAUGACCAGGUUGAACAACAACAGGAUGGAACCGAUGGCUUGGGUAUUUAUUCUUUAUUCUUCUUUGUCGAUUGCUGAUCGAUAAUGACUAUAUAUGGCUAGUUGUUUCUCCUUUGGGCCAUAACCCCUAUCGUGUUAGUGCAAUCAUUGAACACAACUAUAUCUAGUGUAAUGUGGUCUAGUAGAUUAGAUAAUUUGUGGUUAUUAGUUUUUCUCUGCAUUCUUCAUUCAUUGGGAUGCUUCUUGAUUUUAGUUUGUUUUGUCUUGAGAGAAAUAGAUAAUGGCAUAAUGUAAGUCAUUUAUAAAUGUUAGUGUAUGUAGUGCCUGCUGAGACGGGUUGAAGGGUUGAUCGGACGUCUGGUGGGUAAGUUGAGAUAAGUCACGGGAGGGGAGUGACUAUGAGGACGCAUUUCCGGGAAGGGAACUUAAGCGCCGAUCCAACUCAGAACUAUUUCGGAACUUUAAGUUGAGAUCUUGGCUAGAUUCCGGUCGCGGUGAGACGGAAUCUAAUUACUACUCUAUUCUUUAACUGUGCUAACAUUUUAUUUUACAGGGUAGUUUGCAUUUUACUUCGGACUAACUCUUUUUUGCAGGUUGCUAAAAAGUGGAGGUCCGGGCGCCUGGAAGGGAUCCGGGCUCUCGGAAUGCAAAAUUUAUCCCCAACGAGCUUCGCCACGUGGAGCGCCUUGGUUGGCUCGACUACGUCACAUUCAGGGCGUCCGAAGGGAUCCAGGCGCCCCGAAUCUCCUAUAUAAGGAGGGUAAAGGUCAGAGCCAAAAAACAACAACGAAUGAUCCGCUCUCUUGUGCUCCUGCAACGCUCCUCCAACAAAGUGCUACUGUUUUCUUUUUCUAAUUAUUGUCGGUAUUAUUUCCUUAAUAGCAUUUGUACUUAAACUUGUAAUAUUUUACGAAUUGCUAGUGGAUUAUCCAACGAAAGUA